AAUAAUAUUUUUAAGCGGGAAAAAUAUGUCAACAUGUUUAUUUUUAUAAUUUAAAUAAUUUAUCUGUUUGUUUGUUUAUUUAAUUGAUAAAUAAUUGUUUAUAUAUAUUUUUAAAUUAAUUUGGGUAUUUAAAAUAUAAAAUGAAAUGUGUGAUACCCGGUGCCAAUGUAAAAAUAUUGGCAAGAGCUAUACAUGCACUUGGAAAAAUAGGAGAAGAAUUAUAUGUUUUACCUCAAGAUCAAUCAUUAUCAUUUCGUACUGUCAGUAUGACAAACUCAGCAUACUGUGAUUUUACAUUUAAUCAUCAGUUUUUUUCAUAUUAUAAUUACGGUAAUCUUGAAGAAGAUGAUGCAUCUAAAUGCAAAGUUUCUAUGAGAGCGGCAAUGAGCGCAUUCAAAACACCCAACACGAUGGACAAAUUAGUCGAAACCUGCCACAUUAAAUUACAAGCCAAUGCAACGAAACUUAUAAUUGUACUAAACUAUAAAAAUAGUGUAAGAAAAACAUUCCUACUCGCCAUUUUAAAUUGUGAAAUACUACAGGCUUCAUACAAUAAAGACAAUGUGCCAAAUCAUUUAAUAAUACAACCGAAGAUUUUAUCUGACGCCAUACAAAACUUCCAGCAAAACUUAACUGAAAUAACUUUGGAUGUUUCGUCAGAUAAAAUAUUACUCAGGAAUUAUGUCAAUGAAACUUCUAAUUUGUCGAAUUUAACGCGUACUCAAUUGGCAUUAGCGAUUGGUGAAUUUGAUACUUAUAAAAUAGGACAAGAUGCUUGUGUUACAUUUUGUAUGAAAGAAGUGCGGCCUUUUCUGUCAUUGGCUGAAAUGGUUGAGAGACCAAUUCAUCUGCUGUUCGAAAUUGCCGGAAGGCCAGUUGUUUUUGUAGUAAAAGAUAUUUCAUUUGAGGCGAAUCUCGUACUGUCGACGAUAAAUCCCGACUUGGGUAACUCGGGCAUCUCAGAUACGUCGGUUCAUAAUCGCAGACAAGCUGUAAAGAAACGCGGAGCUUUGCAGAGGAACGCGAAGCCAACGAAGGCUAAAGAAAAGACAACGAAGACAAGCAAAAAUAAAGCGACCGCGUCUGCUGGCAGCAGCAUAAUUCAGUCGGUUAAUAGCAGCGACAAAAGCACUCCCAAAGCAAAAGGAUCCAAGAAACUGCAGACGGAGAAAGUGGACGUGCAUAGUUCGAUAGUCGCGGGUGUUCAGUCUGCGCAAAUAAGCAACGACCCGGACCGGACUAUUCCUGUGACGGGUAACCAGCUAUCUUCAUCAGCGGGAUCUAGAAGACGCUCUAGUUUCAUUGCAGAGACACCUUCUUCUCACUCUUCCUCACCACGGGCUAGAAUUCUCAGUGGCGCCUCGUCGUCAUCGAUAUUCACACCAGCUUCCAAAAGGAGAACCAGCGGCGACGAUGGAAAUUACUCAGAUCAUCAACCUAUGGAACAGGAUGACGUUGUGCCCAGUUCACCUCCUCCUCGGUCCAGCAAAAAGGCUAAAAUUAUAUUCAAAAAAUGUUUACAGGCAACUUUUGAUCCUACUUCGGUACCUGGACACGAUAUGAUGUUGGCCAAAGAUUCUGAUGAGGAGACUAAUUAAUUUAAUUGUAUUUAUUGUCCAUGAGUCUUCAAUGUACAUAAAAAAAAUUUGUUCUUUAACUGAUAAUAAAUUU